ACGACUGAAGCUCAUUAUAGUUCAAUGCUGGAGCUGUCAAGUACAGCAGAGGUUGGAGGAGAGAGGGUUUGCGAAUUGCACGCAAAAAAACUGCAUGAACUCGCUGCUGGCAUGUUUUUGAUAAGAAUUGUAGUGUGGCGAACUCCUUGCAGUUAUUUUCUUUUCUUCAGAGUGUUUGGUUCUAAACCCGGUGUGAGAAUGACCCUGCAGAAUGGGCUGGUGUUACCUGCUGCCAAAAACUGUUCCCAUGCAGUCACAGUAGCUAGCACAGCAGACUACAACAACAGGAACACCAUGAGAUGGGACCUGACCCCAGACCAGAUCAAGAACAUGACAGAGAGCCUGGUCCAGAGGAUCAAACAGGUCUACGAUGACAUCGGAUCUCUGGAUGUAGAACAAGUGACCAUUAAAAACACCUUAAAAGCCCUGGCCAAUGCCAAAUUAGAAUAUGCAGCACAGCGCCAUGUUCUGGAUUUUCCCCAAUACGUGUCUGCUUGUAAGGAGGUGCGCUCAGCGAGCACAGAAGCAGACAAGAAGCUGUCUGACUUUGAUGUGGAGACAAGUAUGAGGGAAGAUGUGUUUCACAGAGUGAUUGCCUUGCAGGAGAAGCAGCUGGACAAUCUAACGCCUGAGGCCAAGAGAUUCUUAGACCGUCUUAUCACAUUAGGGAAGAGGAAUGGAUUGCACUUGUCAAAGGAUAUACAGGAGGAAGUCAAAAGAUUGUCAAAACUCAUCAAUGAACUCUCAAUCGACUUCAACCAAAAUCUAAAUGAGGAAAACACGUAUCUAAUAUUCAGUGAAAAUGAACUAAGUGGCCUAGCGGAUAGCUAUCUGAAUGGUCUGGAGAAGACUGAGGACAGGCGGUACAAGGUAUCAUUGGCAUACCCUCACUACUACCCUCUGAUGAAGAGGUGCCACAUGGCUGAGACCAGGAGGAAGAUGGAGACUGCUUUCCAUAGCAGAUGUAAGGAGGUAAACACAGUCAUUCUGGAGAAGCUGAUUGAGCUGAGGUCAAAGGUGGCACAGCUACUGGGUUUCAGUACCCACGCCAACUGUGUGCUUGAGAUGAACAUGGCCAAGAAUACCAACAAUGUGGCAUGCUUUCUAGAUGAGUUCUAUGCUAAACUGAAGCCGGUGGGAAUCAAAGAAAGGAAGUAUAUCCUGGCCCUGAAGAAGAGGGACUGUGCCAUGCGGGGGAAGGCCUUCGAUGGACAGAUCAACGCCUGGGACCUGCCCUACUACAUGAACCAGGUGGAGCAGGUGAAGUUUGCUGUAGACAAGGACAAGCUGAUCGAGUACUUCUCUCUGGAGGUGGUGACAGAGGGGUUGCUCAGUAUCUACCAGGAACUGCUUGGCCUUAACUUUAAGCGGGUAACCAGCGCCCACGUGUGGCACGACAACGUCAGCCUCUACUCUGUACUGGACACGGCCACUGGGGAGGAGAUCGGCCGGUUCUACUUGGACCUGCAUCCCAGAGAAGGGAAGUACGGUCAUGCUGCCUGCUUUGGGCUCCAGCCGGGCUGCCUGGGGCCUGAUGGGAAACGUAUGCUGCCGGUUGCGGCCAUGGUGGCCAACUUCACCAAGCCUACGAAAGGUUGGCCCUCUCUGCUGCAGCACCACGAGGUGGAGACCUUCUUUCAUGAGUUUGGCCACGUCAUGCACGAACUCUGCUCUAGGACGACGUUCUCAGAGUUCAGUGGGACCCUGGUGGAGACAGACUUUGUGGAGGUGCCAUCUCAGAUGCUGGAGAACUGGGUAUGGGAGAAGGAGCCCCUGAGGAGGAUGUCUCGCCACUACAAAGACGGCAGCCCCAUCCCCGACAACCUGCUCAACAAACUCAUCGCCUCCAGAGUCGCCAACACAGGUCUGAUGAACCUGCGUCAGGUAGUGCUCAGUAAAGUGGACCAGUCUCUGCACACCAAGUCCCAUGCCGACACUGCCGAGGUGUUCGCCGAGCACUGCCAAGACAUCCUGGGGAUCCCCGCUACUCCAGGUACAAAUAUGACAGCUAGUUUUAGUCACUUGGCUGGGGGCUACGAUGGCCAGUACUAUGGCUACCUGUGGAGCGAGGUCUAUUCCAUGGACCUCUUCUUCAGUCGUUUCAAAAAGGAAGGAAUCAUGAACCCCAAGGUGGGGAAGGAGUACAGGAGGGUGAUUCUGGAGGCUGGUGGUUCUGUGGAUGGAAGGGACAUGCUGAAGACCUUCCUGGGUCGUGAACCUUGCCAGGAUGCCUUCUUUCAAUGCAAGGGAUUGGCCAAAGCUGAGGGAACACUGAAUGGUCGUCACUGACUCCAUCUCACUCCACAUUAAAGGGAUAUUUUGGGAUUUGGGCAAAGAGGUUCUUUAUCUACUUCCUCAAAGUCAGAUAAACUUGUGGAUACCAUUUUUAUGUCAAUUUUUAUGAAGGAAGCUGGAGGUAGUUUUGCGAGCCAAUGCUAACUAGCGUUAGUACAAUAACUGGAAGUCUAUGGGUAUCUCCUAGCGUCCCGGGUGGCACAGUGGUUAAGGGCGCUGUACUGCAGCGCCAGCUGUGCCACCAGAGACUCUGGGUUCGCGUCCAGUCUCUGUCGUCCGGGUUUGACUGACAUGUUUUGUAUGCCCAUCUUAUCAGGAGAUGGAGGGCUUGCCCGGUAGGGAUAUCCUUGUCUCAUCGCGCAGUGACUCCUGUGGUGGGCCAGGUUGCCAGGUGCGCGGUGUUUCCUCCAACACAUUGGUGCGGCUGGCUUCCGGGUUGGAUGCGCGCUAUGUUAAGAAGCAGUGCGGCUUGGUUGGGUUGUGUAUCGGAGGACGCAUGACUUUCAACCUUCGUCUCUCCCGAGUCCGUACGGGAGUUGUAGCGAUGAGACAAGAUAGUAGCUACUAACAAUUGGAUACCACGAAAAAGGGGUAGAAAAAAAGAGAUUACAUCUGUUGUUCAUGCUAGCAGAUACCCAUAGACUUCCAGUCAUUGUGCUAACGCUAGUUAGCAGUGGCUUGUAAAACUACUUCAAACUGACACUAUUGUUUUGCUUUUUACCUUCACUUGACCUUUUCCAAAUGUUGUUGUGUUACGGCCUGAAUUUAAAAUGGAUUCAAUUUAGAUUUUAUGGCACUGGCCUACACAUAAUGUCAAAGUGGAAUUCAGUUUUUCUAUUAAUUAAAAAGUAUGAAAUGUC